AUGGCCGACAGGCCCGAAUCUGAUAUUAAUUUCAUACCGUCAUUUUCUGGAACGCGCACCCCCAGCAGUCCCGAAAAGACGCUGCGUAGAACGAUCAGCAUUGCAGCCUUCCCUCAACCUCCAGGAGCAGCAAGCCGCCCUUCUACUUCAUCGUCUGUUACGGGAUUCCAAAGUGUGCGUUCGUCUGGAAGCGUGAAGGUAAAAAAAGGCCCGAGAUUAAGUGUCGGGACCACGAGUAGCCAUCGAAGCUCAAAGGUCCCUUCUUUAUUGAGCGGCGGGGGUGAUGGGAGACCUAUUAUUGGUACCGAACUUCGGGAUUCAGAAGCCUCUCCAUCUCAGAGCAGGUGUUCUUCCGCGCAAGGAUCAUAUUCGACAAGCGCAACCACUUUCGAAGAUACUGAUGACACGAUUGGCAUGGCCAGCUCAGGCUCAAAGUCGAAGGAAGUUAAAGGCAACGUCAUUGUGAGCGUGCGUCUCCGUCCAGAUGUCAAUGAGGGUGAUUUAUCAAAGACCAGUGGGGAUUGGAUAAUAGAUUCACGGAGAGGCCUUAUUUCCUAUAGUGGGAAAGAAGGGGGCGAUUAUUAUUAUGAUAACGUCUUCACUCCUCACGAGAAUAACGCUAGAGUUUACGAUGCUGCGGCAAAACGCCUUGUGAGAAGAGUAAUGGAGGGUUAUCAUGGUGGGGUUGCAGCCUCCCAGCAGGAAGAAAUCAAAUUGCGUGAAGAUAGCAAACGAGGCGUGUAUGCUACUCCUUUAAAAGAGGAAAUAGUGCAAAGCCCAACUCAACUUCUCCGCGUGAUCGCGAGGGGCGACCACUCAAGGCGGACCGGCAGUACGCAAUUUAAUGCGCGCAGUUCCCGGAGCCACGCAGUCGUUCAAAUUGUUGUCGAAAGCAGGGAGCGCGUGCCGGCCGUCGCCUCCCAGGAUAGACGAUCAGGCUUGGCACCAGGCGGUGUCAGGGUGUCAACCCUAAGCUUGAUAGACUUGGCCGGAUCAGAGCGGGCUGCUGAAGACAAGGAACGGCGCACUGAAGGUGCUCAUAUAAAUAAAAGCUUGCUCACCCUCGGCACUAUUAUAUCAAGACUUUCGGAUGACAAGGAUAAGCCCAUUAAUUCAACUGAUCGAGAAGGGAGACAUCUACCCUAUCGAGACAGCAAACUUACGAGAUUGCUACAACCGGCUUUAUCGGGAAAUUCUCUUGUUAGUAUCCUAUGUACCAUUCAGCUAUGUGGAACUGCCAAUUCUCAAGCAGCCGAAACUCUCAAUACUCUAAAAUUUGCUGCUCGGGCCAAGAACAAUAUAGUGAGUCAUGCUAGAAGAGCAGAAGAGGCGUUCGGUAGCGGUGGCAGUGAUGCAGGUAGCCGAGUCCUUUUGGAGCGUUACCGUAUGGAGAUCCAAGCCCUUCGUGGCCAACUCGAGAGUCAGACAAAGGCCCAAACUGAGAAAGAGUUGAAGUUAGAAAAGCAACAAUUAGAAAAAGAAGCGCAGGCGCGACACGAGGAGCAAAUGCUUGAAAUGCAAUUGGCUCGGACGGCUUUGAAAGAACGAAUAGAGCAUCUCAACCGUCUGAUACUCUGCUCAAAGUCCACUGGGGUGAACAGUCAGAAUAGCUCGUCUGCUCUUGGUCGACUCUCUCGAAUGUCGGUCAAUGAAUCAAGCUCUCGAUCUCUGCGUUCCUCGGCUAGCCAGUCUACUUUGAGCGCAUAUGGACAUUCCUCUAUUCGACCUAUUUCUUUUCUUUCUGUCAACAGUAAUGAGCUCUCACCAAACCUCCCAUUCUCGAGCGGCUCCUUUGGUAACGAGGAUGAGGAGGACACCAUGGGCGAGUUUGCAGAUGGGAAGGCAAGCGCACAGAGACAAAUCGCCGCUCUUCAAGCUGAUCUGGGAGAUAAAAAUCGUUAUAUUUCUACCUUAGAAAGACGUCUAUUACAGGCCCGGCGCUCAAGUCAUUCACGGAUAUCAAUUGGAAUCAAACCCGGAACUUCCACAUCCGAGAGCGUUGACACGAUGGCUCUGCUCCGUGAGAAAGAUAUGGAAAUAAACGAGCUCCGUCAACAAUUGGAUGACAAGGACAGAAUGCUUGCCGCGCUUCGGUCUGCCGCACGGCACCGAGAUCUUGCCCAUCUCACACCAGAUCCAAAUUCUGUCGAUGGAAGAGAUAAGGCUGGUUACAUGGACCCCCGUGAUUGCACUAGUUCAUCAGCCAUUGACUCUCCCCCUGAGGUUUUUUCGCCGGCACAAGGCGGUGAAACUCAUGACCGGCGAAAAAGCAUGGAUGAAGUGUCUCGAAUUCUGGACGAAAUGAUCCAAGACCGGGUUGAAAGCGGUCAAUUGGUCAAGGGCUCUCAUGGGAGUGUAAGAGUUGCUGCAGAGUCUCGGCGCGCGUCUAAUUUAAUGACUGGCGUUCCGGGCUUGAAUUCAGGGCAUACAACUGCUGGAAAUGCUGUUAAAGAGUCAUAUCCGACCUGA